GGGCCAGCACGUGUAAGAGUUCGCGGCGGGUCGCCGCAGUCACUCACCUGAGCGCCUCGGUCUGAGCGCGCACGGCCCGCGCGUCCUCCGCGCGUCCUCCGCCCGCCCGCUCACCAGCCCGCCCGGCCCUCGACUCAUGUCCCGCCGCAAGGCCGGCUGCAUGCCCCGCCGAGUAGACCCCGCGCCCGCCGCCAACACAGACGACGAGAUGGAGAUGCCGGACCUCGUCAUCGAAAUGAAGCCGGAGCCAGACGUGCGGCCCCUACAGGCCCCGGGGCUGGGGCCCUUCUCCCCGAAGGAAGUGCCCACGCCGGGGCGGUAUGAGGGCGAACCCCGCCGUUCCUCCGGCCCCGUGCCCGUCGGGAGCCCUCUCCACGCCCUCGGCGCGCGGAACCAGUGGGCACUGUGGACGCCGCUGAUCCUCAACCCUCGCGACCGCCAGCCCUGGACCGACAAACACCCAGAUCUGUUGACCUGCGGUCGCUGCCUGCAGACCUUUCCUUUGGAAGCCAUCACUGCUUUCAUGGCCCACAAGAAGCUGGACUGUCAGCUUUUCAGAGGCCCCAGCCCCGGCCAGGGCUCAGAACGCCAGGACCCCAAGGCCCUGGGCUGCUUCCGCUGCGGGAGACAGUUCUCAGGGGCCUGGAAACUGCUGCGCCAUGCCCAGUGGGACCACGGACUGUCCAUCUACCAGACGGAACCCGAGGCCCCAGAGGCCCCGCUGCUGGGCCUGGCAGAGGUGGCCGCCGCAGUGUCGGCAGUGGUGGAGCCGGAAGCUGAGGCCAAGGGCCCCCGGGUGAGCAUCCCCCCGCGGCGGAGCCCCACCUGCCCCGUGUGCGCGAAGACCCUCAGCUCCUUCAGCAAUCUCAAAGUGCACAUGCGCUCGCACACAGGCGAGCGGCCCUAUGCCUGUGACCAGUGUCCCUACACCUGUACCCAGAGUAGCAAGCUCAACCGCCACAAGAAGACCCACCGGCAGCCACGGCCUCAGAGCCCCUUCAAGGCCAAAGCCAGUCCAGAACAGGCCUCUGCCACUGCCCCUCCUGAGCCAGCGGCCCACGCCGCGGCCCCGGCCAGCACCCUCCUGCGCAGCAGUGGCGAGAGCGCCGGAGCGGCCGCCACGGCGGGGGUCCAGGAACCCGGGGCUCCUGGUGGUGGGGCGCAGGUGGGCCCCGGCGGGGCCAGUUGGGAAGCUACCACCAAGGAACAGAGAACUGAACCUGCGAAGGGCCCGACGUCCCCCAAGAAGCUGCCAAAGCCGGCGGUCAAGAGCCGCGGGCCCGGGGGCAGCUGUGAGUUCUGUGGAAAGCACUUCACCAACAGCAGCAACCUGACGGUACACCGGCGCUCACACACGGGCGAGCGGCCCUACACCUGCGAGCUCUGUCCCUACGCCUGUGCCCAGAGCAGCAAGCUCAACCGCCACCGCCGCAUGCACGGCCUGGGGCCGGGCAGCACCCGCUUCGAAUGUCCCCACUGCUGUGUGCCCUUCGGCCUGCGUGCCACCCUGGACAAACACCUGCGGCAGAAGCACCCCGAGGUGGCCGGGGACGCCUGAGGCGCGGGAACGCCCUCUCUGCGGUCCCUGGUACCACCGUUACUGUGCUUGUCGACCUUGGCCUUGGCUCUGCUGCGAGUAAACCUCCCGCCUAGAACACA